GCGCUGAGAUCUUAUCGCUGCGAUAAGUCCAGGACCCCGCGAUCCCUUGACAGUGCUCAGACGUGACCCCGCCAUUCUUCAACAGCUUCCUCCAUAUAAGCCACAGCUUCACAAACCUCCCUUCCUUGUACAACAGUGAAGUCAGGUUUUGAAGAAUUCCCAUCUAAUCACAACUCGUACUUUCCUCACACAACCAUGUCUCACGAGCACUCACACGACGGCCCUCACGGCCACGCGCACGCCCACGAGGGCGGCUUCAACGCCCAGGAGCACGGCCACUCCCACGAGAUCCUCGACGGUCCUGGAAGCUACCUCGGCCGUGAGAUGCCCAUUGUCGAGGGCAGAAACUGGAGCGAUCGUGCUUUCACAAUUGGAAUUGGAGGACCAGUCGGCUCCGGCAAGACGGCCCUGAUGCUCGCCCUCUGCCUCGCCCUGCGCGAAAAGUACUCCAUCGCCGCCGUCACAAACGACAUCUUCACCCGCGAGGACGCCGAAUUCCUCACCCGUCACAAGGCCCUGCCCGCCCCGCGCAUCCGCGCCAUCGAGACGGGCGGCUGCCCGCACGCCGCCGUGCGCGAGGACAUCUCGGCCAACCUCGCCGCCCUCGAGGACCUCCACCGCGAGUUCGACGCCGACCUCCUCCUCAUCGAGUCCGGCGGCGACAACCUGGCCGCCAACUACUCGCGCGAGCUGGCCGACUACAUUAUCUACGUCAUUGACGUCUCGGGCGGCGACAAGAUCCCGCGCAAGGGCGGCCCGGGCAUCACGCAGAGCGAUUUGCUGGUUGUGAACAAGACGGAUCUGGCCGAGAUUGUGGGCGCCGAUCUGGGCGUCAUGGAGAGGGACGCGCGCAAGAUGCGCGAGGGCGGGCCGACCGUGUUUGCGCAGGUGAAGAAGAAUGUUGCCGUUGAUCACAUUGUCAACCUCAUGCUUAGCGCGUGGAAGGCGAGUGGUGCCGAGGAGAACCGUAGGGCUGCGGGCGGACCGCGGCCUACGGAGGGCCUUGACAGCCUCAAGGCUUGAGUAGCAUAUGUGCCAUCGAACGUUGGAAGAAUGUAAGAAGUGAGGGUUGAUGCAAAAAAAAGUUGAACGAAUCUCUCUUUUCAAAAAAAAACUCCGGAGGAUGGCAUCAGACCUGUAUCUAUAGCCGACGUUACUGCUAAUAUCUAUGCAUUCUUUUCCCGGGGCG